AUGGGUUUGUCCAUGCUUGUUCGCAGUUCAUCAGCCUUGGGCGUGGAGUGUCCAAUUGGCUAUCGAUUCUAUGCUUGCGCGGCGAGCAACUUCAUAGGCUGCUGCUCCACCGAUCCUUGUGGGCUGCCAAAUGCCUGCCCUCUCGAAAAUACGCCAGCAUCUUCGACGUCAUCCAGUGUGCCCAUAGCAACUGCAGAGCCAACAACACAAUCAUUUCCCACGAACACCCCAUCUUUCACGAACCUCUCGACUUCUCGGGUUGUCACGGUUGUCAUCCCCACAACGCAUCUGUCCUCUCCAACAACGACAACGACCGCAACUGUCUCAACCAUCUUCUCACUGCCUCCAUCCUCGUCACCAAGCUCCUCCUCAGUCGCCUCGAACUCCUCCUCUCCAAAACAAUUCAACCCAGUCGGCCUCAUAGUAGGCCUCACUGUCGGCUUCACCGUCCUCGCCCUCAUGCUGGUACUAGUGAUCCACCUGCUCUGGCGCCGCCGGCAGACGAGGGACCCGUGCGACGAGGAUCCAAUCCUCCCGAGGAUGGGCCACAGAGCCACCGCGUUCUACCUGCCACAGAAACAGCCAUUCAACUCCCCCAUCAUGACCUCGCCCAACACAGACAAGCCAGUCCCACCAGCGCCGACGUCCGCCCGGCCGUGGCGGCAGUCAUUCGCCGAGGCGGGCCUGUCAGAUCAGCAGGCCGUGCGCGACAGCAGGCCCAGCCCUCGACAUAUCCCCAUCGUGACGGCCGCGCCGGCCCCGACGGACACCGAUGAGGCGGCGCCAGCCCCGACGGUGUGGAGGCGCAGGAGCGACGCCCCCAGGGAACCCGCGCCGGCGGCAGUUAGGGCCCAGGGCAGGGCACAGCGGCCGAUGAGCAGGUCGUCGUCGCCCGUGGACUCGAUCUUCGACGUGCCCCAGAGGCGGACAACGGCGGAGAUGGACGCCUCGUGGGCAUUGUUUAGGGGGGACCCGGCGGCGUUCUACGGCCUGUCUGCGCCGCCUCGGAGUCGGGAUGGCUCACGGCCUGGCUCGAAUAGCAAUCAGGGUGGGUGA